AUAGCUGGAGAAAUCCCAUUGGUUGCUCUAUUCAAGAAUUAUCGAAUCCCAACUCGUCGCGCUUGCGCAGUCGUCCCUAAGAUCGGGACUCUCUCGUUUAGUGUGAUUCUAUCCAUAAAUCAUCAGGACAUGAAUUCAUAUUUUACAAACUCGUACCCCGGUGACCACUACAACAGCCAGCCAGUCCAGACCCAACCUAACGGUGGUCCGUGCGAGCAAGGUCCGCGCCAAUAUCUGGCCCAUCCACACUACGGGUCGUCCCCUAACCAAGGAGGAGGUACUUAUCCACGUUUCCCUCCUUACGACCGUUUGGAAAUUCGACCUAUCACUUCGUCACCCAAUUCCCCCAGCCCGCCUGGACCUUACUAUGGGAACCACUGUGGUCAGCAAGCUCCCGGCCCAACUGGACCACCAGCUCUUCCCCAUCCGCCUCAGCCAGCUCACCAGCCAAAUCCCCCUCUUGGGCCAAUAACACACUCUAAUGCUUACGUUACACAAAACGGUCAGAACUGUAGGGGCUCGCCUAAUGAUCAACACCAAACCAUGGCUCAGUAUCCCAGCUGCAAGAUGCAACAGCAGCCCCCACAGCAGCCACAGCUCCACCACGUCCCGAACGGCGUGCCUAGGCCCGUGUCGUCCGAAUGCCAGCAACCCUGCCAGAGCCCUCUUCACUCGGGCCCCCCACCACAACAGAUGUAUCCAUCACCGGCGGCAAAUCCGCCCAACUCUCUUACCCCUACAGGCCAGCCUCCUUCAUCCGGGGCUCUCCCGAGUCCCCUCUACCCCUGGAUGAGAAGUCAGUUUG